CUUCAAUUAAUUUAUUAUAAUUUGAAUCAUGAACGUCCAAAAAAAUCUUCUGUGCCGAGCGACCGACGGACGACAGCGGGGAGAAAGCCGACAACUCCAUCGCCAAGGAACUGUACUCUGCUCUGCUCUGCUCUGCCAAAUGAUGCCAAUCACGAAAGGUGAGAUUCAGGCAUGGGAGAGAAAGCCCUUAAGGCCUGGCGGUCAGCCUAAGACUCUUGUUGCACCUGGCGCCAAUCGAAAUUUUAUUGACCACAAGAUGGCACACGUCUGGGCGUUCUUGGUAUUGCCAUUAAGGUGUUAUUGAUAGCAUGAUCUCGUUUCGUGACAGCUGUGAGCAUCACACCCUGCACAAAUUGCCAGUGGAGGUCAUCGAUAUGGGCCAUGGCGGUGAUUCGAAGAGCGGUUGGCGGCGAUAGGUUUGCUGGAGUGGAGGGUUCCGGAUGUGAUAUUCUACUAGCCGCCCGGGGAGAACAGGAACAGGGCAAAGUUUCGCUGGUACAG